CUAUCCAGUAUAAAACAGCCAGACUUUGACAGCGCUAACCACAGUUCAGCCUCAAACAUAGUUACUUCAAUACGUUAAAACUUAUUUUCAAAAUGAAGAUCUUCAUUGCAGUGCUGGUUGCCACUCUGGCUGUCGCUGCUCAGGCAUCCUACGAACAUUCCUCUUACUGGCCAUCACACUCUGCUGGAUGGAGCUCCUGGAACAACGGCUGGAACGGUUGGAACGGCUGGAAUGGUCAUCAAGUAGCUGCUUACCCAGUCGCAAAAACGUGGGCCUCGUCCUGGCCAGCAACUGGUUUGUACAACAACGGAUGGAGUGGUUAUUAUGGUGGCUACGAUAAAAUCAACUCCUGGGCUCAACCCUGGGGAACUUAUGGAGCUGGAUGGGGAUAUCAGAAUGUCGCUAAGACCGUAGUUCCAUCGGUAAAGGUCAACUCGUGGGGUCUGCCAUGGGGAAGCUACGGAGCUGGUGCCUACGGUUGGGAUCAUCCUGAAGUCGUUAAAACCAUUGUUCCUGUGGCCAAGCAGGUUGCCUACGUUGCUCCAGUAGAGAAGGUGCUUGUACAAUCGAAAUGGUAAAUUCAGCCUUAUCUAUGUGAAUCAGAGAAAUACGAUAUUGCCGUACCAAAUU